AUGAAGGGAUGGAGGCCGAGAUGGUUUUUUGUGUCGGUGAACGGUGGAAGGGGAGUUCGGACAACGCAGAAGUUCCCCACCAAAUCAGUUGAGCCCAAAUUGGACGGGUCGACCGAAGAUCGAGUGAAGAAGGAUCCGGCAAAGGAGGAGCUGGAGGUGCAGAGGAAGGCAGAGAAGGAGGAGGAAAGGAGAUUGUUCGCCAGAGCGGACAAAUAUAAAGAGGCAAAGUUGGGGCCUGCUCCGAAACCGACCGCGAGGGAACGAGUCCGACCGCGCCCCAAGCCGUUGGGGGAGAAGGAUCUGAGCGGUUUUGAGCCACGACCACCUCCAGUGGAUCCUCUGAAGGAGAAGAGCAAAAAGGAGGUGGAGGCUGUGUUGAAGAAGAAGAAAAGAGUAAGGGAGAGGGAGGAGGGGCCAGCCUUGAAGAUGAUGAAGGAGGUGAUGGUAGAGGAGACCCCCAAAGUGGGAUUGGAGGGAGCAGCAAAGGAGAUGGAGAGUGAGGCGACUGGCCUUGAAAAACAAGUGGAAGGCGAGACAACUAGCCCUGAGGAGGGGGCAGAGCAACAGCCCAAGGGGGGUCCUGCGCCCCAAGGAGAAUGA